UUUUCUUUGCGUAGCACGUAGUGGGACCGUGGGCCUUCGCGUUACCUUGUCUUCAUCGAUUCGGCCCCGGGGUGGGGAUCCCCAGAGGAUGUGGCGCUGCCUGAGCUAAGCUUAAAGCACGCGUAGGAGUUAUACAAAGACCGGGGACUGUAGGGGAAAGAAGGAUAUUUGGGAAGGGGCAAGCUGCCAGGGAGGGUGGAGAGCUCACGGCGUUCCAGGAAGUGAAAGAAGCCGGGACGGAGACAGGAGAUGAGGCUGCGGAGGGUGAGAGCGACCGGCUAGCUGGAACACUUGUGAAACAAUCCGUGCGCGUGAUAAUAAGGAUUUGAAUUAAGCCUCCGGCAGGGACAGAUUUCAAUCAUGAGGAAGCCACGAGCAGCUGUGGGAAGUCGAAGUCGUUGCAGGAAGCAGGCAUCCAGCCAGGAGGGAAGGGAGAAACGUGCCCUCAGCAGCAGCCAGGCCAAGCCCUCUGCACCUGACGCUCCAGCAGGCCUGGCCAGGCAGCAGGAGGAGGUGAGAUUGCAGGCCCCUGUCUCCCGGUACCAUCUAUUCAGAGACACAGCUGAGGUCACAGUCUUCCGGAAGAGCCUGCUGAGCUGGUAUGACCGAGAGAAGCGGGACCUACCCUGGAGAAAGCGGGUGGAGGGUGAGGUGGACCUGGACAGGCGGGCAUACGCUGUGUGGGUCUCAGAGGUCAUGCUGCAGCAGACCCAGGUUGCCACGGUGAUCAACUAUUAUACCCGAUGGAUGCAGAAGUGGCCAACGCUGCAGGACCUGGCCAGUGCUUCCCUGGAGGAGGUAAACCAGCUCUGGGCUGGCCUGGGCUAUUACUCUCGAGGCCGGCGGCUACAGGAAGGAGCCCGGAAGGUGGUAGAGGAGCUAGGGGGCCACAUGCCACGUACAGCAGAGACCCUGCAGCGGCUCCUGCCUGGUGUGGGGCGGUACACAGCCGGAGCCAUUGCUUCCAUUGCCUUUGGCCAGGCAACCGGUGUGGUGGAUGGGAACGUAGUACGGGUGCUAUGCCGUGUCCGAGCCAUUGGUGCUGAUCCCAGCAGCACCCUUGUUUCCCAGCAGCUCUGGAGCCUAGCCCAGCAGCUGGUGGAGCCAGCCCGGCCAGGGGACUUUAAUCAAGCAGCCAUGGAGCUGGGGGCCACAGUGUGCACCCCACAGCGCCCGCUCUGCAGCCAGUGCCCUGUGCAGAGCCUGUGCCGGGCACGCCAGAGGGUGGAGCGGGAGCAGCUCUCAGCCUCACGGAGCCUGCCAGGCAGUCGUGACGUGGAGGAGUGUGCUCCCAACACUGGACAGUGCCAGCUGUGUGGGCCUCCCACAGAGCCCUGGGACCAGACCCUGGGAGUGGCCAACUUUCCCAGAAAGGUCAGUCGCAGGCCCCCCAGAGAGGAGUGCUCUGCCACCUGUGUUCUGGAGCAGCCCAGGGCCCUUGGGGGUGCCCGAAUUCUGCUGGUGCAGAGGCCCAACUCAGGUCUGCUGGCAGGACUGUGGGAGUUCCCAUCUGUGACCGCAGAGCCCUCAGGGCAGCACCAGCGCAAGGCCCUGCUGCGGGAACUGCAGAGUUGGGUUGGGCCCCUCCCGGCCACCCGCCUUCGGCACCUGGGACAGGUGGUCCACACCUUCUCUCACAUCAAGCUGACAUAUCAAGUAUACGGUCUGGCCCUGGAAGAACAGACCCCGGUGACCAUCGUACCACCUGGAGCUCACUGGCUGACCCGGGAGGAGUUUCACACUGCUGCUGUCUCCACCGCCAUGAAAAAGGUGUUCCGCGUGUACGAGGGCCAACAGCCAGGGACCUGCAAGGGUUCCAAAAGAUCCCAGGUGUCCACCCUGUCCAGACGGAAAAAGCCCAGCGCAGGCCAGCAAGUCCUGGAUAGUUUCUUUCGGCCCCACAUCCCUGCUGAUGCACCCAGCCUCAACAGUGCAACACAGUGAUGCCUCUGGAAGCCCCCACCCCCUGAGAAUCGUGUUUAAUAAAGUGCUGGUUUUUGUAGUCA